AUGGGUUCAAGUGCUUCCAAGCCAGAAACAAAGGUGUUUACUCCUGCCACUCCUGUGGACUUCAGUGCCUCCUUUUUGGCGCAGUUGGAGAAUUCGCCAGAAUCCGACUAUUCCCGUGCCCAAUACACAGAAAAGUACAUCCAGGAAAAAGUGGCUGCUGAGUUGACCAAGUUGGAAAAAGAAGCCAUCACAAACUUCCAGAACACAACCAACGGCGCUUUGCUCAAGAGUGAUGCAAAACCUCAACUUUCAGUUGAUUCCUUGAAUACAAAAAUUGAUGCAUUGACCAGACGUUUACAGGAUAACGCCAAGUUGGGCAAGAUUGAAUUGGGCGAAGACUUGAAGGCAGCUAGGGAAGAAGUCAUCAAGUGUUUGAAAGAUAACCACGGUAAGUCUUUGAACUGCUGGGAUGAAGUGGAAUCUUUCAAGAAGUUAGUCAGACAAUUGUGA